AUUUCCGUGUCAGCGGGGUCAGACUGAAACCUGUAGCUCGAACCAGAGAAUCGACCAUCUCUUCUGGUCUGUGUUCACCGAACAGAGAUGGAUCGGUACCGGGAGGUCCCGAACGGAGUUCUGGAGCCCGACACGAAGCUACGAGGAGAAGGACUUCAGAUCGCAGUGGAAAAUGAGCCACAGUGACGAAAAAUAUAAUGGGAGCAAAAAAAGUGCUUGAGCUUGAGAGUUAAACUGGCAGAAAUGAUGUUGCUCCAGUUUCUACCCUCAGAUGUCCGAAAAGUGAUUGUUGGUGAGGAGGGGGAGCAGCAGCAGCAGCAGCAGCAGCAGUGGAGCCCCAGUCAGCACAUUAAAGAGGAGCAGGAGGAACUGUGGAGCAGUCAGGAGGUAGAGAUCACCAAGCUCACCUUCAGUGCUUUCUCUGUGAAGACUGAGGGUGUUGAAGAGCUUCAUCAUGGCCAAGGUGAACAGAUGAAAGCUGAAGCAGAUGGAGAGGAACCAAACAGAGACUCAGAUCUACAUACAGAAGACAAGGAUUCAGAUUCCUCAGACACUGAAGUCAGUGACGGUGAGUGGGAGCAGAGGAGAGAAUCUCCAUCAGAUUUAUGCUCCCUGAAAAACAAUGAAUGCACUGUUAUCGAUAUUAACUGCAAUGUGGUGCGAUCAUUCAGCUGCUCCGAGUGUGGUCAGAGGUUUGGCCGCAAGCCACAUCUCAAAGCACACAUGAGGAUUCACACUGGAGAGAAACCAUUCAGCUGCUCGUUUUGUGGUAAAAGAUUUUCUCAGAAGGGAAACUCCAUCAGUCACAUGAGACUUCACACAGGAGAGAAACCAUUCAGCUGCUCCGUCUGUCAGAAGAGCUUCAGAUACAGUGGUGACGUCAGCAGACAUAUGAAGAUCCACACAAGGAAGAAGAAGGUGACCAGCAUGAUCAGAGACACCAACACCAGUAGCAUUGUCAUUGCAUCAAAACCAAGCAAAAGUACAGGUCAGGAAAGAUGUACAGAACCAGAACCCGAUGGUGAACCUGAGACUGCAGCCAGUAAUGGCUGCUGGAAGGAAACCAAAGAGCCUCAGACAGAUUUAAUCUCUCAUCAGACUGAUGAAGUCUCUGUCAGCGAUGAAAGGAAUAAUACUGACAGAGAGUCUUUCAGCUGCUCAGAAUGUGACAGAACUUUCUGCCGCAGAGACCAUCUGAUGUGCCAUGUGAGGACGCAUACUGGAGAGAAACCGUUCAGCUGCUCUGUCUGUCAGAAGAACUUCAGAUUCAGUGGCGACGUCAGCAGACACAUGAAGGUCCACACGGGGAAGAAGAAGGUGAUCAGAGACACCAACACCAGUAGCAUUGUCAUUGCAUCAAAACCAAGCAAAAGUACAGGUCAGGAAAGAUGUAUAGAACCAGAACCCGAUGGUGAAUCUGAGACUGCAGCCAGUAAUGGCUGUUGGAAGGAAACCAAAGAGCCUCAGACAGAUUUAAUCUCUCAUCAGACUGAUGAAGUCUCUGUCAGCGAUGGAAGGAAUAAUACUGACAGAGAGUCUUUCAGCUGCUCAGAAUGUGGCAGAACUUUCUGCCGCAGAGACCAUCUGAUGAGCCAUGUAAGGACACAUACUGGAGAGAAACCGUUCAGCUGCUCCGUUUGUAACAAGCGCUUCAGCUGCAGUGGAAACAUUCUGGCUCACAUGAGGAUCCACACUGGUGAGAAACCGUUUGAAUGCUCAUUCUGUGGCAAAAGUUUCAGCCAGAAAGGAACUCUGCAGCUACAUGAAAGAAUUCACACGGGGGAGAAACCAUUCAGCUGCCCUUUCUGUGAGAAGAGAUUUGCACAUAAACGGAGAAUGACACUGCACAUGUCUGUCCACACCGAGGAAAAACGCUUCAGCUGCAGCGCCUGCAACAAACGAUUCACCUGGUACACACAGCUGAAGACCCACAGGUGUGUCGGCGAGUCAUCACAACCUCGCCAGAGUCAAUCAGAGAAGAAGACUUCUCCAAAAGAAUCCUUCAGCUGUUCUGACUGCGGGAAAAAAUUCAGUUUGAAGGGCAACCUUAAGACACACAUGAGAAUUCAUACAGGGGAAAAACCGUUCAGCUGCUCUGUUUGUGGGAAAGGUUUUAAACAAAAUGUUCAUCUGACAGAACACAUGACUAUUCACACAGGGGAGAAACUCUACAAAUGCAGCAUCUGUGGGAAGGGAUUCAAUAAGAAACUGCUCUUGAAAAGCCACAUGUGUGUUUAACCUUUAUUGCGGUCCAUGGAUUUGUAUUUAUGAACAGUGGGGCUGCAGGGUGGCGCUGAAUUCACGGUUCGGUCGAGAAAACAAGAAAAUUCUAGAUAUUUAUGUUUUCAUCAUUUAUUUUAAAAGUUCCAAACAUUUGCAGAGCCAUAAAUGUUCCUGUGUCAGUGGAACUGCUGCAUCCUGUCAGUACAAACAUUGUUUAUAGUGAAACAUCCAAUUUAUACAGCUAAAGAGUCAAACAGUGCUCAGAGUUUUCCUGCAUGAUUAUCUCAUUGUUGCAUCAUGUUUAGAAAGAUAAUCUAAAUAUACAUCCAGUUAAAGUGACAAAAAUCUCUCUGCUGGUUGUGUGUCUAACUCCUCAUAUAGCCCAACUGCAGACAAACUCGACUGUGUUUCAGAUAAAACGGUCACAUAAUGUUGUUUUGACAACAGUGGAUGCUGAAUGGCGAUAAAAUUUUACAGUGAAGUUGUGAUUCUGUGGCUGUUGAAUGGUGUGACAUCAUGUUUCUAACCUGAAGAAGAAGACUCAGCAGGGUUAUUCCUUAUAAGAUCAGUCAGUCCUUCCUCCUGACCUCCUUAGAAUCAGCAGCUUCUUUAUCUACAAUAGCUUUAGUAUUUUCAGUGAACCCAUGUAAAGUUUUACCUUCAUACUAUUAAAUACAUGGAGGUGGGUCCAAAGUUUUUCCCCCUUUUAGCUUACUUCUCCCAGCACUCUUGCAGCAGAUCAGUUUUACACCCAAGUGUCAAAAUCUUACGACAGCAUCCAAUACAGUCAGAUCUUAACUUUGGUGAAUGUAUCUUGUGUCUGUGAAAUGCAGAAACAACUUCAUUGUAGAUGUGUUUUCUAGAACAGUUUAAUCUCAUUGAUAAACCAGUUUUCAGCACUCUCAGCUUGUUUCUGGAUCUUUCAGAUUUUCCUCUGAUAGUACUCAGUUCUGGUUCUGUUAGUUUGUUCUGUUUUCAUCCUCAGACUCUGAAUAGCUCCGAUGAUGUGUAAUCUUAGUAUCAACACUUGACUUUUUCGUGAAGCAGAAAAUGAUGCUGCAGGAAUUAUUAGGGUGUGACUUUCUCCAAGAAAUAUAAUUUCAGAUUUUACUUUUGCAAGUGUUAAAAUACAUCUGUAAUAGAAAACAUGUAUUUCACAGAAUGAAUCAUGUUUAGAAGAUGAUCCUUUCAUUGUCUAUAAUUGUCCUGAUCAACCACCUAUCACACAUGCUGAUAUGAGCCUUGAAAGUUUACCCAGAAUUCUCUUUUUAAAAAAAGUUUUCUCUGGUAAAUUAUCAGAAAACAGAAACACAUCCAGGUACCAGUGGUUGUUUCUGUGACAUCCCAUAAUACUGAUGAUAGAAGUUAGUUAUAGAGAAAAUAAACCGAAAUCAGAUUUAGUGUUUAGGCUGUGACACCUGGAUGGAUGUAAAACUGAUCUGGUGUCAGUUUUUUUUUUAACAGAACUCAGAUGUGUUUUUCCUCCUAAAUGUCGUGUGUAUCUUCUGGACGGAUGAAGAUUUGAGGCUCAGAAAUGAUGGAAAAAGUCCAUUAAAAGUGAUAAAUCUGGACCCAUCUCUCUGUGGGUCUGGAAAUAUUCAUAGUAUGAAGGUAGAACUUUGACCACUGAAUAAAGUUACUGGAGAUGAAGAACCAGAUGAUUCUGAGGAUGUCAAGGGGAGGUUUUUCAGAUUUGCUUCAUGAUUCUCCUUCAUUCUGUUUGAUAAAGCCUGACUCACACUGAUGGUGUCCUUUUAUUAAAAUAAAGAUCUGUUUAUCAGUG